AUCUGUUACAGUUCUCCAAUUCCAAAUCAAGAAGCCCUCCAAAUAACGGUAUAAAUUCCAACCCCAAGUAUUUUCAACGCAUCUGUUAAGUUUAAACUUUAAACUCCAUAAAAAUCUUCCACUUCCAUUAUUAUUCCCUCUUUCUCUCUCUAAACUUUUCAUGAUUCUCUCUUUUUAUUGAGCCUUCUCGUAUGAUCGCCAUUAACAAAAUCCCUUUUCGACAUGCUACUCCAAACCCAAAACCCAUCUCAUCAGUUCCAAGAUUUUCUUGUCCAGUUGUGGAUUUCAAUUUAAGAUUUACUCGAAAGACAAGAAAGAAAGAGGGUUUUAGACUGUUGUGGGUGGAUGAGAGUGGAAGAAUGGAUUUGAUAAGAAAAUUGAGUAGAGGGUGCUUAGGGCACAAAUCAAAGAAGGAUAAAAAUGUGGAAGCAGAGUAUGUUAAUGGCGGUGUAGACGUUUUUGACGACGCUGCCACCGCCGCCGGGUCUAAGAUGCAGCCGGACCAUCUUGUCAUCACGGUAAAUGGCAUCAUUGGCAGUGCUGCAGAUUGGAGAUAUGCUGCUGAGCAGUUUGUGAAGCAGCUUCCUGAUAAAGUUAUUGUUCAUCGAGCACAAUAUUUUUGUUGGCAUAAAUUGAUGGUAGGUAGCGAGUGCAACCCUUCAAGAUUGACUUUUGAUGGCGUUGAUCUCAUGGGUGAGAGGCUAGCUGAAGAGGUGAAUGAUGUUGUCAGACGUUGGCAUGGGGUCCAAAAAAUUUCGUUUGUGGCUCACUCCUUGGGUGGACUUGUUGCAAGGUAUGCCAUUGGGAGGCUAUAUGAAUGUUCUACGAGAACGAGAUCUGCAAGUGAUCCUGAAAACCUCUUAAAAGAGGGAGCUAACACUGCUGGGCAACACCUUGAUCAGUUUUAUGAAGCAAGGAUUGCUGGACUAGAACCCAUGAACUUCAUAACUUUUGCAACCCCGCACUUGGGUUCAAGAGGGCAUAAGCAGCUCCCACUCCUUUGUGGUCUUCCUUUCCUGGAGAAAAGGGCAUCACUAACAGCACACUGGAUAGCUGGGAGAUCUGGAAAGCAUUUGUUCCUCACUGACAAUGACGAUGGGAGACCUCCACUUCUACUUCGAAUGGUCAAUGAUGGAGAUGACCUUCAUUUCAUCAUUAUUUAUCACAAAUGUAGGUCAGCUUUACGUUCCUUUAAGCGACGCGUGGCAUAUGCCAAUGCAAAUUAUGAUCAUGUGGUUGGAUGGAGAACUUCAUCGAUUCGCCGCCAAGAUGAACUUCCAAAGGAGAAUCUUCUUUUGAAUGAUAUGAAGUAUCCUCAUAUUGUACACAUUGAAAAAAGAAAUGAUGGAGACAUUGCUAGCAAAAUGUCCUCCUCUGUUGGAACGCAAGUCAUUAACUUGGAAGAGGAGAUGAUUAGAGGCCUUAAUCAAGUUUCUUGGGAACGCGUCGAUGUUAGCUUUCAUAAAAGCAGACAACGAUAUGUUGCUCAUAAUACUAUUCAGGUUAAGAGCUACUGGUUGAAUUCUGAUGGUGCUGAUGUGGUUCAACAUAUGAUAGAUAACUUCCUACUUUAGCUAUCUGUACAUUAAAAUCUUUCAGUUUUGAACUUGGCCAAUGGUUUGAAUAUUUACCGUGUACACUGUCACAUUUAAAUUGUUUUAUACAUGUUUCUGUUGUUUCAAUCUGUUGCUUUCUUC